CCUCGUCUUCAGCUGCGAUUCUCACAAACUUCAAUCCAAUCGACUUUCUCUCUCUAAAAACUUUGAAAAAUGGAGGCUGCUGAUUCCACUCGUUCGUUUCUCCGAGAUGUCAAACGCAUCGUCAUCAAGGUGGGAACAGCCGUAGUAACUCAAGCCGAUGGGCGACUAGCUCUUGGAAGAGUAGGCUCACUUUGUGAGCAGAUCCAUGAACUCAUCACAGAUGGCUACGAGGUGAUUUUGGUGACAUCAGGUGCUGUUGGUGUUGGCCGCCAACGGCUUAGAUACCGGAGAUUAGUUAACAGCAGCUUUGCAGACCUCCAAAAGCCGCAAGUGGAACUUGAUGGAAAAGCUUGUGCAGCUGUUGGGCAAAAUGGUCUUAUGGCUCUGUAUGACACUUUGUUCAGCCAGUUGGAUACGUCCUCAGCACAACUUUUAGUAACUGAUAAUGAUUUUAGAGACCCAGACUUCAGAAGGCAACUGAAUGAAACUGUAAAGUCUUUGUUGUCACUGAAGGUGGUUCCAAUAUUUAAUGAAAAUGAUGCAAUCAGUACCAGGAAAGCUCCAUAUGAGGACGCUUCUGGAAUAUUUUGGGAUAAUGACAGUUUAGCGGCUCUCCUGGCACUGGAGCUAAAAGCUGAUCUCCUUGUUCUAUUGAGUGAUGUAGACGGUCUUUAUAGUGGCCCACCAAGUGAUCCACAUUCUGAACUAAUUCAUACAUACGUUAAGGAAAGCCAUGAGGGUCUGAUAACUUUUGGAGACAAAUCACGAGUGGGAAGAGGAGGGAUGACGGCUAAAGUAAAAGCUGCUGUUUAUGCUGCUUAUGCUGGCAUUCCUGUUGUUAUCACCAGCGGUUUCGCAUAUGGAAAUAUUUUAAAAGUAUUAGGUGGACAACGUAUUGGCACGCUAUUCCACCGAGAUGCACAUAAAUGGGCCACAGUAGGAGAAUUAGGUGUUAGGGAGAUGGCAGUGGCUGCCAGAGAUGGUUCGCGGAGACUACAGGCAAUGUCUUCCCAUGAAAGGAGUAAGAUUUUGUUGAGUGUUGCGGAUGCCUUAGAGGCUAGUGAGAAGCUAAUAACUGCUGAAAAUGAAGCUGAUGUUGCUGAAGCACUAAAGGCUGGAUAUGACAAGGCGUUAGUAUCAAGGCUUGCUUUGAAGCCUGGCAAGGUUUCAAGUCUUGCAAAUUCUAUUCGUGUGCUUGCUAACAUGGAAGAGCCAGUUGGUCGGGUUUUGAAAAGAAUGGAGAUGAUUGGUUUGCAGCUGUUUCACCGCCCUCGAAUGAAUUUGGUCAUUGCAAUACUUGUUAGUUAUAUAUACAUGUGUGUUUCAGGAGUAAAAAUAUUUGGUGGACCUCGAGCGAGCUCUUCACUGGACAUUCCCGAGGCGCAUUCAUUACACCACGAAUACAGUUCUCUUGCUUGCACCAUUGAGAUUGUGGACGAUGUAAAUGCUGCCAUUGAUCAUAUACAUCAACAUGGAAGUGCACAUACGGACUGCAUUGUAACUGAUGACGAUGAGGUUGCUGAAAUCUUUUUGCGUCAAGUUGACAGUGCUGCCGUGUUUCACAAUGCUAGUACAAGAUUCAGCGAUGGCUUCCGCUUUGGAUUAGGUGCAGAGGUUGGUAUCAGUACAAGUCGAAUUCACGCUCGUGGUCCUGUAGGUGUUGAAGGAUUGCUAACAACACGAUGGCUUGCAAGAGGAAAAGGACAAGUGGUGAACGGUGAUAAAGACAUUGUGUAUACUCACAAGGAGAUGAGUCUUCAAGCGUGACCGGGUGAAGCGAAGUAGUUGACAAUCGUUCACAACCCCGACUGCUUGGAGGCGACAAUAACAUCAACUGCUAGUAGGUAUAGUAGUAGGCAUCCCUUUGAGUUGUGGAGAGAGAGAGACCAUGUCACCCUACUUGUAUUGUUUGUGUAUUAUUAAUAUUAAACAGAUCUUAUUAAGAGAGAAUAAGGAGUGAUUUAGUUGAUGAGUAA